AUGGUGCUUCUUCAGGUGAAACGCGGAGACGAGGUUAUCUUCCUCUAUGAGACAAGUGUUAAGGAGAAGACCGAUACUGUGCUGCGCGAGCUUGUGGCUCUCCACAAUGGUCAACUCAAGAUUCAGCGUGUGUGCAUGGAGAUUGAGGAGCUGGGGGAACACGGAACCAUGGUACCGGGUGAAAUGAUUGGCCUGAACGAGGAACAGAGGGAGGAGCUCAAGCUUAAGGAUGUCUGGGCGGAUAAGUGCAUCCCGUCGGGUGGUUUCACUAUCAACAAGGAUCCGCUUCUCCGCCGAAAUGGACAGCAACCAACGGAGGCGAUGCAAAAGGUCCUGGCAGGUGCCAUAACCGACGCUAAGGCUAUGGUGGAUCGGCGCCUGGCUAAAUCCUCAAAGACACUGACCCUAAAGAUCGUUGAGGAGGCAUUGAACCUUCUGCGUGGUGCUGUCACUAUUGUGUAUCCCAUGCAGUUGCCGCCCCACGACACCAUACGCAUGGAGUUCACCAAUACCGAGGAUCUGACUGGCACUCAGGCCUCCAAGGAGGUCAUCGAACCUUCCAAGGCGCAGUUCUGGUUUGCAGGACGCCAGAUGCUGAUGGGGAAGCUCAUGAGUGACUACUUGGGUCAGAACGACAAAACCAAGGUGGUCGUGAAGCUGAAUCAAAUUGGUGAAGGACCGCCGGGACGCGAGGCCGUGAUCACCGAGCCCUUGCGUCGUCAGAUGAUGGCUGAGGCCUUCCGCCGCCAGGAGGAACUCAAGGCGCAUCUGCUGCAACGGUUAGAGCGGGGAUCGGGUAAAUAA